AUGCUGAAGUUUUUUUUACGAGCAGCACUCCCUGCUAGCGGUAUUAGGACGUCGACGAUUAACCGUACCAGAUUUUAUCGAACCACCAGACUUUUAAGAAACAACGGUACAGGUAAUAAGUUUGACCUUUCUAAGCUUACGAGAGAAGAGAUUAAAGAAAUUCGUGAUUAUAAGAUUAGUGCUGCCCGCAGGUACAAGGACCGUACGGUUGCGUUUUAUUUCACUAGUAUUGCUGUUUUAUUUCUGGGACUUGCGUACGCUGCGGUGCCAUUAUACAGAGCCAUCUGUGCUAGAACUGGGUACGGUGGUAUUCCAAUCACAGACAAGCGUAAGUUUACCGAUGAUAAGUUGAUACCUGUUGAUUCUAAUAAGAGAAUAAGAAUUUCGUUUACCAGUGAAGUGUCACAAAUUUUGCCAUGGAAGUUUGUCCCACAACAGCGCGAAGUUUACGUCUUACCGGGAGAAACCGCUCUUGCAUUUUACAAGGCCAAAAACAACAGUGAUAAGGAUAUCAUCGGUAUGGCUACGUACAGUAUCACGCCUGGUGAAUCAUCUCCUUAUUUCAACAAGAUUCAGUGUUUCUGUUUCGAGGAACAAAAAUUGGCUGCUGGUGAAGAAGUGGACAUGCCAGUGUUCUUCUUUAUUGAUCCUGAUUUCGCUAGUGACCCAAGUAUGAGAAAUAUUGACGACAUCAUUUUGCAUUACACGUUCUUCAAAGCUCAUUACGCGGAUGGUUCUGCUGUUUCUGAUGCAGCAGCAAAACCUGAGGUUAUUACAUCACAAUGA